CUAUAAAACAUAUUUAAGCCAAAACCCUUUUGUUAUUUUCCACGAUCCAGCAUAUUCACUCGACACGAUCCUUCAUAUUCACCGAUCGGGUGCCUUAACUGCUUCAAAAUUCUGUAAAUCCGUCGUCUCUCCCGCCGGCGUAAGAAUCGUUCAUUUCAAAUGAAGAAACGAAGAAAGAAUAACCAUAACCACACUGAAAACAAAGACAGAAUCAGUGAUUUACCCGAUUGCAUUCUCUUUCACAUACUCUCCUCUUUAGAAACCAAACAUGCCGUUCAAACUACCAUUCUUUCCACAAGAUGGAACAAUCUCUGGAAACGUCUUCCAACCCUUAGAUUAAACUCCUCACACUUUAAAACUCUCAAGAGUUUUACCAAAUUCGUGUCUCGGGUUUUGUCUCUUCGCGAUGACUCAACCGCGUUACACACUUUAUAUUUCCAACGCAAAGGUUGCGUGGAGCCUCCUAUACUUAGUAAGCUUGUAGAAUACGCUGCUUCGCAUAAUGUCCAACGGUUAGAUAUCUUUGUGAGAUGUGACGGUGUCUACUUUCCACCGUAUUUCUUUAAAUGUAACACUUUAACAUCUCUUAACCUCUCUAGUUCGCCUAUACCUAAUACCGCGAAAAAACCUUUUCCAAGUUUGAUGACAUUACCAGCAUUAACUAGCUUGUCCUUACAAUGGUUUGCCUUUCACGGUAACAAUAGUGGUCGUGUUGAGCCCUUUUCAAGAUUUAAAAGGUUGAAUACUUUGAUCCUUGAGAAUUGUCAAAUUGUUGGUGUACCAAAUUUGUGCAUAUCAAGCACCACACUUGCCAAUUUAACAAUACAAUCGAACGAUGGACUUAGUGACUUUUGCGGAAUUGAGUUGUCUGCUCCAAGUCUUUGUACCUUUUCUUUUACUGGUAAUCCUCUUGAGAUACGCUACGGGAGCCGUCUUUCGUCUAUUGAACAUGUAAGCAUUGAUGUAAAUGUAGCUUGGAUUUCUGAAAAGUUUCCUUCAGUUUUGCUUAGUUGGCUGAUAGAGUUUUCUUCUAUCAAAUCAUUGGCGGUCUCUUCAACUACUCUUCAGGUUCUCUCCGUAGUUCCUGAUUUAUUGAAGGUUGAGUUUUCUUCCUUAUGUAACUUGAAGUCGCUGAAAGUAAAAAUGAGACAAUUUACAGAUGGCUUAUCCAGGACGUUGAUAGAGGCCAACAUAUCACAACUGCUUUCCAGGUUAGAGGAAGCGUUUAAAGAAAGAUCUAAAACACACUCAUCUAUACCUGAUGGUAUAGUUGACUUUUUGCUUCAAAACUCGCCUUCAGCAAAAGUUGAUGUCAUUACCUAGAUUGUAAAAGUUCAUGGUGCUUAACCAGUAGAGAAUCAAGGAAGGAAAAUAAUUUGAAGUGGUGUGAUUGGUCCGAGGAAAUGUGUUUCCAAUUGCAGAGAAAAAGAAAGCCAAGCAACUGAAGCAACUAAACAAAUGCAGAGGUUGACUUUAAAGCACUUAAAGAAGAGAAGGAACGAGCAAAGGCCAAGUUGUUGGAUCAUAUAAAAAAUGAGUGUAUUAUAGAGUACUUGUAAAAAGAGAUCUAUGCAUUUUCGGUCUGUGCAUGUUUCUUGCGUUUUCAUGCAUUUCUGGGUGUGCAUGAAUCUGUUUCAUGUGCUUCUGUUGUGUGUAUAACAUUUCUGAUUGAGAACUCAAGAGUGAGAAAAUGAUCAAUUAUAUUAUAUGAUUCUCGGUUUAUUGAUACAA